CAGUAGUACUAGUACUCCAUGGCUAGCUUCUAUUAUAUAUACAUACAGAUCAACUCAGGAUAUCUUCAUUGUUCUUCUCAUUGUUUAAGCCCGCAAAUAACCAAUAUUCCCACCUUCCACAAUUAAGCUUCUAAAUCUCUCGCAUUGCAUUCAUGGGCCAAAUCAUCGCCACUCAAAGACCCUCUUCAUCUACUAAUUCCGAGAAUACUAAGAAAUUAAAAAAAGACAAUUCAUCUUGUUCGGAAGAAGAUGAAAUAAUCAUAACCUCUUCCUUACCUUCUUCCUCGACGCCUCGAUGGGAAUAUGAAGUUUUCCUUAGUUUCUGUGGCGAAGACACUCGCAGGGGUUUUACAGAUCAUCUGCAUGCUGAUUUAAAACGGAAAGGCAUUGUCGUCUUUAGGGAUGACGAAACACUCCAGGAAGGAGAAUGCAUUUCUCAAGCGCUUCUGAAAGCAAUUCAACAAUCACAAUACGCCAUUGUCAUUCUUUCGGCAAAAUAUGCUUCUUCCAAAUGGUGCCUCAUGGAACUUGCCGAGAUCGUUGAAUGGAAGCAAAAGACGAAGCUGAUCACAAUUAUUCCUAUUUUCUACCAUGUGGAUCCUUCCGAUGUAAGAAAUCAAAGAGGGACUUUUGAAGAAGCUUUCGCCGCACAUGAAAAAGAUCCCAAGGUAGACAUCAAAGAGAUUAAUACGUGGAGAAAAGCUUGCAAAACAGUCGGGGGUCUUAAGGGAGAACACAUAAAGGGGGACAGGUACGAGUCAACAAUUAUAAAAAAAAUCAGUGAAAUGGUAUUCUACAAAUAUCCAAUGCUAAAUAUUCUAAUUCAUGAUAACCAGAAAUUUGUUGGAAUAAAGUCCCGUGUAGAGGAAAUGAUGAACUUAUUGCAUUUGGAAUCGAAUGACGUUCGCUUCGUAGGAAUUCAUGGGAUGGGUGGCGUUGGUAAGACAACGCUGGCCAAAAUAAUUUAUGAUAGAGUUUCUUGUCGAUUCGAAGGAAGCAGUUUUAUUUCUUGUAUUAGAGAAAGAUCUACUACUGCUCGUGAUCAAGCCUCUUUACAAGAAGAACUCCUUUCUACAAUCAUGCAAGAGAAAAUAUGUGUAUACAAUCAUCACCAAGGAAAUGGGAUGAUAAUGAAGAUGCUGCAGAAUAAAAGGGUUUUUAUUGCCCUUGAUGAUGUGGAUCGUGACGAGCAAUUGACGACAUUAGUAGGGGAUCGGAAAUGGUUUGGUCCAGGGAGUAGGGUGAUUAUAACAUGCAGAGACAGUCAUCUGUUGAAAAGGAAUAGAGUGAAUGGUAUCUGUGAGGUUCAGCUGCUUCAAACCGCCGAUGCUUUGCAACUCUUUAGUUUGUCAGCCUUCGACAAAACCAAUCCUCCAGAGAAUUACAAGGAUCUAUCUAUGAAUUUUGUGGGUUAUGCUGGAGGCCUUCCUUUAGCUCUUAAAGUUUUGGGUCGCUUCUUAGUUGGGAGAAAAAUAGAUGCAUGGGAAAGUGCUAGGGAUCAACUAGAAGCAAUUCCUAAUAGAGAUAUUAUGAAUAUACUUCAAAUAAGUUUUGAGGGGCUGGAGGAUCCACAGAAAAAAUUAUUCUUGGAUAUGGCUUGUUUUUUUCAAGAAGAGUGGCUAAAUAACAAUUUUAAGGAAACAUUAAAAGGUUUUGGUUAUUAUCCGGACAUCAACAUUGAAAUUCUCGUCGAAAAGUCCCUCAUAAGCAAAUCAAAAUAUGAAAGGUUGCUCAUGCAUGAUUUGCUAAAAAAAAUGGGCGAGGAAAUAGUUUGCCGCGAAUUCCCUGAUGAACCUGGACGACGUACUAGACUGUUUCGUCAUGGGGAUGUAUUUCACGUACUAAAGAAUGAUACUGGAACUGAUGCAAUUGAAGGCAUAGCCCUCGAUUUUUGUCCAACAAAAGAGAGACUCAACGCCAAUGCAUUCUCAAAGAUGACAAAAUUAAGAUUUCUUAAAAUAUUUGUUCCUCCAAUUAGCCAAAUUUAUCCAUCACCAACUAUAGAAUGGCAUGGAAAUCCUUUAGAACACAUGCCAAGCAAUAAGUUGCGAUACCUACACUGGUUUAAUUGUCCUUCGAAAUCCUGGCCGAGCAGUUUCCAACCAAUAAAUCUUGUUAUACUAAGCAUGCCUGGCAGCCACUUCAAACGACUGUGGAAGGGAUUGAUGGUUUUACACAAUUUGAAGGAAUUAGAUCUGAGUAAUUCUGAGAACUUGAUUGAAAUAAUAGAUUUUUCAGGAGUUUCAAAUCUUGAGACAAUAUACCUUACAGGUUGUAUAAGCUUGUGUGAGGUCCACCCAUCUAUUGGAGUUCUCAAACGACUAAAACAUUUGAGUUUAAAUCGUUGCGAAUGUCUUACAAGACUUCCAGAUAAGUUCUGCUUGGAAUCUCUUGAAUUUUUGGAUCUUAUUGGAUGUACAAGACUUGUGAAUAUCCCGGAUAUUCAGGGUGAUAUGACAUCUCUGAAGAGCUUGUAUUUUAGCGAGCCUACCAAAAAAGACCUACCAUCAUCGUUUAUGAGUUUUUCUGGCCUUCGCGAUUUAAAGUUAAGUGAUUGCGAAAACAUUUCAAUUUUUCCGAGUGUUAUUUGUAGUUUGUCAUCUCUUGAAAUUCUCCAUUUGUAUGGUUGGUCAAGACUAGAGAAAUUUCCAGACCUGAGUAUGUUGGAAUGCCUGACGGAACUUCAGGCAAGGGGAACUGCUAUAACACAAAUUCCAUCCGUCAAUCUAAUCCCCAAGAGCAUCCGUUCCUUUUCUCUCGAAGGACGAAAGAGGAUGCCACGUAAAUCUUUGCCGAAACAAAGCUCAUAUCCCACCUAUCAUAUCGGAUCACCGGAAGAAUAUGAGAUGGAAGGAAUGCUUGAGGUAGAAGCACUGCUAAUUAAUUUUGGCAGCGCAGGCAAAUAUUCGUCAAACAUUAUCUUUGCCGAUAAGGUGAUGAUAUAUGGGUGGUCGUUGGGAUAUGGAAUUCCGGAGUGGGUCCACAAUAGAAGUAAUGGCUCCUCAUCUCUAAAGAUAGAGUUGGAUGGUACUAUGAAGGGGAUGGAGUGUGCUAUCUUUAUUGUUUGUGAUUAUCAUCAAUUCGAUUCCCCUGAAGGUACUUCAAUUUCUUCGUUUUUCAAGGAACCUUCAUAUGUGAAGUUUAAAUUUUACUUUGAGACGGAUGACAGUUCUCUAGAAGAUUGUUUUUACGAACUUAGGUUUCCAUAUUCCCCGGACGUCGACUGUUUCAUUAAGCCAAUUGCAUUCUGGACGUAUACACGGACGCCACAGUUUUUCAAACGUUGGAAAUCGAAUAAUUUUGAUAAACGGAGCUUCAUUAAGAUUUCAAUCACAGCAGAAAUACUGGAUUAUGUCUCCAAUCAAACUCCAGUGGAAUUAGAAGUGCAAGAAUGGGGGAUGCAUUUUGUAUGUCCGGAUGAUGCUGGUCUUGGUUUGGGAUCAGAUUUAGAUUCCUAUCGUCAAUUUUAUUCAACAUGGAAAGGAGGCAUGACGAGAAAUGAAGAAUAGAUUCAUCAGGAGUACCCGUUUAAAGCUUAGUCCUUUUGAGUAAUGGCUUGGCAUUGUUUAUUUUGGGAAUAGAAAAUGAUCACCAUUUUGUACCUGAAACCUCUAGAUUGCAUUGACAAUGUCAAAGUGAUCAUAAAAUCUCAGAUUGAUUAAGGGAAUGCAGACAACCACCCAAGCAGCUUUUCUUCUU